GUUACAUUAUUUUAUUUAUAGUUUUACGUCUCUGGAGCUGGUUAUAUUUGGUCAUCCUGUGAGGGAGGAAAUGAAGAUGAAUGGAGACACUCAAUUGCACCAAUCCCUGCAGACAAGCUCUCAGUAUUAGUACCAAAUUCUUUUGCUGAUAUUGAUGCAGCAGACCAGGACACGGGCAGUAUUCCAGCAUCUGGUGAAUUGCUACCUGAUUCUGGGAGUACAGUUGGUGAUGGUGAAGAUUAUAGAGAUUCUGCUGAUUUUGAGAAGGAGGUGGAUGCAACUUUUCAACGAGCUCUUGCUGGUGUGAAUUUGGAGAACGUUAUUUUGGAAAUCAAUUCACUAAGAUUGUCAUAUCAUAUGUCACAUGCUGAUUGUGCUGGCGCAUUGUUCCAUUCGAUAAUGAAGGCAGCAUUGGUAUUCCCCUAUUCUUCUAAAAAUGAAUUAUACGCAAAUACUGUCAAGGAAAUUAUCAAAUGGAGGGAUCUUCUUAAGCAUUACCUUAAAACCUUAGAUGAAGAGAUUGAGGUGAUCUUAAAAUUUGAGGAGAUUUCCGUCGAAACAGCAAGAGAAUUCUAUCCUUUGUUCUCAAAUAUUCUGAGUUUCCUCUAUGAUAAAGAAAUUUUGUCAGAGGAGGCAAUUUUAUCUUGGGCGCAGGAGAAAGAAGGUGCUGACGAGUCUGAUAAGAUCUUUACUAAGCAAUCAGAACAGUUCAUUAAGUGGCUUAGAGAAGCUUCAGAGGAAGAAGGGGAAGAAGAUGACUAAAUGCUUUGAUCAAUAGAGUCAUCUAACCAGCAGCAUGGGUUCUGUUUUUCCUCCUUUUUUUUUGGCGGUUUUAUUCCUUUUCUUAUUUGUAAAAUUGCUAUAUGUUUUUAGUAUUCAUUCUAGAUUUUCUAAAGGAUGUAAAUGUUGAUGAUUUUUUUUAGAUGUUAUUUUAAUUUUUAUUUCCCUUUUAUGAAA